AUGACUAUCAAAGAAGUUCCUCCGAAGGUAGUGACCGUCGCCGACGCGUACGAGAUCGCCAAGGCGCGUCUGCCAAAGCCAGUAUGGGAUUACUACACCACCGGCGCCGACGACGAGCACACCCGUGAGCGCAAUCAAGCUGUGUACAGAGAGCUCCUCCUCCGUCCCCAAACACUCCGAAAUGUCUCUAAAAUCGAUACCUCAACAACGAUCUUCGGCAAACGCUACGACAUCCCGAUCGCGAUCGCGCCGAGCGCAUACCAACGACUCGUUGGCGGCGAAGGCGAGCUCGACGUCGCCCGCGCCGCCUCAAAUCUCGGAACCAACCUCACUCUCUCCAGCAACGCCACUACCUCUCUCGAAGAUGUCGCGAAAGUUCUCCCCGACCGCGGCCCCGAGUACCCGAAGCCGUGGUUCCAGCUCUACUUCCUCGGCAACCGUGAGCUCACCUCAGGCCUGAUCAAGCGUGCCGAAAACGCUGGCUACGAAGCGCUUGUCCUCACCGUCGACACCGUCGUCCUCGGAAACCGUCUGCAGGAGCGCAAGACGCCCUUGACCCUCCCGGCUGGUCUGUCAAUGGCGAACAUGGAGUCGCGGAAGGUCGGCGCCAUUUCCAGAGCCAACAUGCUCCUGCGCGCGGAGACGGCGGCCGAGUACAACAAGAUCGUGGAGGAAUACCACGGCUCGCUUGUCGAUGCCAGUCUGGAAUGGAACGAGGUCAUCCCUUGGCUCAAGUCGCAAACGAAGAUGAAGAUUCUUGUCAAGGGCAUCAUCACGGCUGAGGAUGCUCAACGGGCCGUGGAGGCUGGUUGCGAUGGAGUUGUCGUUUCGAACCACGGUGGUCGCCAGCUGGAUGACGUCCCGGCGACCCUUGAGGCACUACCCGAGGUUGUUGAUGCGGUGAGGGGCAGGAUACCCGUCAUCUUCGAUGGAGGCAUCACUCGAGGAAGCGACGUCUUCAAGGCGCUGGCUCUUGGCGCUGAUCUAUGUCUCAUCGGACGCACUGCUCUUUGGGGCUUGGCAUGGGACGGUCAGAAGGGUGUUGAGGGAGUGCUCCACAUCCUUGAGCGAGAGCUUCAUAGAACCAUGGCGUUGAUGGGCACCGCCAGCCUGAAGGAGCUCAACAGAGGAUUGCUCGGACGCUCAAAGAGAGAUGGAUUUGGAAUUUCGAAGCUUUAG